AUCAAUGUCAAAGGUUGUUUCCUGGCACGUACUAUAUAUAUAUACCCCUCACAUUCUCAAAAGUUUAGACACAAACAAACAAUUAGAGCCAUGGAUGUUCUAACUCUAAGCUCAAGUCUUAAUAUUUCCAAGCCAUUUAACUUCCUUCCACUCUCUAAGAACCACCAAAAACAUCCUCGUACGCAAUUUUCUGUUUCAUGCGUAGCCACGAAGCAGCAUGGAGGUGUUGAUGAAAACUUGUACUCGAUACUUUCUUUGAGCCCCAACAGUGCAAGCAUGGAUGACAUAAAGAAGGCGUAUAGAUCAAUGGCGCUUCGGUACCACCCUGACGUGUGUCGUGAUGGUUCCAAGAAAGAGGAACAAACGAGGAUGUUUGUGCAACUCAACGCAGCUUAUGAGACGUUGUCGAAUCCGAGGCUUCGAGAAGAGUAUGACUAUGAAUUGGGUUUGAGAAGUAAAAUGAGUGUUGGUGAUGAGAGUUGGAGAAUUAGGUGGAGGGAGCAAGUAUCUGAGUUGAAGAGAAGAUCUCGUAAACGUGUGGCACGAAAAGAGGCUUCGUCGUGGGCUAGUAGAAUAAGGGUGCAAAACAUGAAAUGAAGUAUCAUGCACCUAGUGAAAAUUUUCAUUAUGCAUGAACGUAAAAUUUUAAUUCUUAUGUAAAAGAAAAACGCUAAUAACAAUUAUGAUACUGUGUAUCGAUAAGAUUGUUGAA